AUGCAGACGCCGUCCCGGGCUGCGCUCACGCAGCUACAACGCGAGAUUGACGUUGCACUGACGGCAUCCGAGCAGGAGUACUUUGACGAUGUCGUGCGUCACAAGUCGGCAGCGUUCGCCAAGGAGAUCACCGCCAAGCGGCUGGAAGCGCGACACCUCUCGCGCCCGUCGCGCACCCGUGCAGUGUGCCCACCGAUGAAACGAUGGGACAAUAUCAAGCUGCGAGAAGCAACGCAAGCCGUGUCCGUCGCGACGCCAGCCCCGGAGAAGGUGCUGCGACGUCGUUUCAGCUGCAGCAUGCCGAGCUUGCCGUUCACACUCGCGAGCUGCGCCGAGCCAAUGGCGUUUGAGACUGCCACAUCAAGCAUCCCACACGAUACCGCGCUGAGCAUCGACCACCUUCUCACGCGCGAAGUGCACGCGCGCACGCACCGCGCCAAGAUGGAGCAGUACAUCCGCAAGCUCGAACACGAAAAUGUGGCCUGGCGCGACAAGUUCAAAGCCGAAGUCGCCAAGACGAUGGAUGCCGCCGCGCUGCGCGAGACUCAUGCGACGACCCAAUCAACAAUCCAAGAGCUGCGGGACGCCGUGUAUGCUGCCGAAGCCCGCAGCUCCGAGCUCGAAGCCCAAGUGCAGGCGUUGACAGCGACCGCGACGGAGCUCUCGAUCAACGCCCGUGACAUGGCCGUGCAAGUGCUGGACGAGACGCGCCUCUCCAACAACGAAUUCGAAGUACGACUGGUGCAAGAGCAAAUCACGAGCUCCGAGCUGCGCGAGGUCGUGACGCAGUGCAUGGAGAAGAUUGCCGACCUCACGUCCAACAACCUUCUUCUAAUCGAGAAGGAAGUCGAAGAAAUCAAAGCCGCCGAGCCGCCGGAAGGCAUGAGCUUCCGCGCCAAAGAGGCACCCCCCCCCUUUGUGCGCUUCAAGAUCACAACGUCGAUCGACUACCUCGAUGUCGUGCCGUGGCAGCAGUACGCACGCCACUUUCAGACGCUUGUCGCCGGCUCGGACGGUGUCAACUGCGGCAUUCCGGCGCUCGCGGUGCCGACAGUCUUUAGCGCACAGUUUUGGUCGCAGCAGAGUACGCCAGCAGUGCACGACCGGUGGUUGGACCAAGUGACAGCGUUCGGCGUCGCCGACAGCGGCCUGCAGCGCUUCGACAUUGAUCAAGUGCUCGGCCUUAUCCACGACAUUUGGGUUGACCGCGCUGUCUAUACGCUGCAGACCAACACGUUGCGCGUCCCGCGUCAAAGCUUUCCGACGUUCGUUCAGCACUUUUUCCUCAGACGGUACACGACGUACGCCGAGUCGAAAGCGCAGCUCUACUUGUUCAUUCUCGGCAUCACCGAGUAUCGGGAGAGCCAUGGGCGGAUCCACGUCAUGGGCUGCAUCAUGGGACUCUCCAACCUUCGCUGCUUUAGCCCCCGCAUGGCUGAUAGCCUCCUCGCGCUUCUCGUGGGACUCAUCCCGCUGCCAACGCUCGCGGGGACGCUGACCUUGCACACGCACAAGCCGCUUCAGUUUGGCUUGAACGUGGUCAUUAUGGCGCUCAACAACGUGUUUCCGCUGCUAAAAGACCCGAACGACGUACCCAACUACGUCGACCGCGUCGUCAUUGGCCCAGAGACACAAGCGAGCAUGCGCGAGAUGCUGCACGACCAAGACCCAGACAUUGCAGACACUCCGUUGGGCACGGCGCGGUCGGUGAGCUCGUCCCGACUCACGAGUCGCCACUUGCCCCGCAGUAAACGGUGGACCAUGCUGACGCUUGAAGGCGUCUUGGGCAUUGCCAUGCACGUCUGGAACACGCAAGCCGCGAGAGACCUCGAGGCGAUCACGGUCAAGCUCAAGCGCGACGCCCCGAUCGACGGCAUCGAGUACAGAGAGUUCAAGGCGCUGGUGGCCAAGUACUUUACAUACGAAUUCGUCGAGCAAGACGUACUCGAAAUGUACCAGAAGGCGUACGAGUUUGAGCUAAACGCAGAGGGUGUCAAGUACCUCCCAAACGUCAAGCUCGAGAGCUUGGUGCGCAUGCUCUGUGCCAAGGGUGUACCGAAACCGGACGCCCGCACCAAGAAAGGACGCCAUUAA